AUGGAUCCCACCAAAUCAGUUCAUCCUCCUCACUCGACUCAACCGCACUCCUUCGCCCCCGUAACAAGUCCCCUCAACUCCAACAAUUUCACGAGUACCGUAGCCCAAGCUUCAAACCAAUUUGGUAUACAGACCAACCCAGCAGUACCAACAACUCAGGCAAUUUCGGCGCCCUCGCAACCUAAUCCUACUUUUCCCUCGCAACACACCAUGGCCCCAAGUCAGUCCUUUACCCAGGUGCUGAAUGGAUCUUCUCAUACUGCGGGGAUUCAAACUACCGGAAUACAAGCCGCCCAGGGAAUUAUUUCCGACGUUUUCCCUCGCUCCGAACCGGCACCCGCCCAACAAGCGGGAACAAAUAAUUAUCCCCACCAGGUCAGUGGCCUUGGGGGUCCUGCAGCUACCACGCCCUUUCUGCAGGACUUCAGUCUCGUAGCCGAGGCAGCUAAGCGCGCUCAGUUGUCAAUUGUCAUACGUGACCUAGAAAGCGUGACCCUUUAA